AUGGCCAUCCGCUACAACCAUGCGCUGCCCAAGUUUCUGCAGGGCUCCGUCGCCCAGGCUCUUGGUAGCAAGGAGGACGAGAGCGUGCUAAAGGCACGCGCCGAGGCGCAGCGGCGGGAGGCGCGAGCCGCAGGUGGCGGAAGCGGCGGAAGAAGCGGAGGGCGCCAUGCCGUCGUCGACUCGUCGUCGCUCGGGGCCCUGUUUGGCGCUGCCGGUGGAGCGCCGACGCCUCUUGGAGGCGUCGACAAGUUGGCGGCGGGCGGACCGCGGCAGGCGCGGGCGCGGACGGUGGUGCUCGAUCCGACGGCGUCAGCAGCGUCGAUGACGCGCGGGCCCAAGGCGCGCAAGGCGCAGGACCGCGAGGGCGCCCGGCCCGGGACCACCGCUGCAUCGUCCAAGUACGCCACUCAAGGGCCAGCCGUUGCCAACCUCGAUGAGCUUGUUGCCCAGGGCUACUCGCCCGCCGAGAUUGCUGCCGUCGUCGCCGCCGCCGCCGGCGAUGACUCGCCCGUCGGUGCCUCCACUGAGGAUCGCCCGGCCGGACCCAUUUCUGCCCAGGCGCGCGCUGUGCUCGAGGCGCGGUCUGCGCGGCGUGCAUCAGCCUCGGCGCUGCCGUCGCCCGCCCCGCGACCUGCCCAAGACUCGGUCCUAUCUGCCACGUCGAGCCGCAAACGCAAGCGAGUCAACGCCGUUGACCACGCCCGUGACCUGGCUGAGAUGAGCGAGCCAACUACUGCCAAUUCUCGCGAUACCACUUGUCAGAGCGUCACGGGUGGGGCGAGCACGCGCAAGAAGCGCCGCAAGCGCAAGGCACCCCCGCCGGGCCAUGCCGCACACCUACUGAGCUUUGACGACGGAGAGUAG